GCCGCUAGUAGCCGGAUGAAUUUGGGGGAGUGCCUGGUUUGAAGCUAUCAAACUGCCGUCGUUAGUGGGAAGGAGGCGGUUCUAGUCCUCCGCUAGCACGAGAGAAGACCCGCCUCAUCUGGGAACGUUCCGACAGUAAUUGUUAUACCUCAGUGAUUCCAACAGGCUCCGUGGCUUUGGUAAACGUGUUAGGGUUAUCUCACAGCUUGAAGACUACUUAUGGAUGGAAACUUGACCAAACGACGUGACACUGGAUCUCUGCUGGGAGUGUGUGGCCUGKCGUUGCCUGCACAGUGAGGCUUGGUGCCUGGAGCUGAGUCUAGCUCUUUCCCCCUCCCUUCUGGUGGCUCCUUAUGCUGGAUUGCAGCUGUACCCUGUGUCUUGCAGGAUGGAUGGUGUGGAUCUAAAGGGUCUCGUGUGUUGGCAGCGCUCCCUGUUCUGUGACAGUGUUCUCUUCUUUUCUAUUUACAAAAGAACACCCCCCCCAUCCUCCACCCAGACUCUGAGCCCUGUAUACCUAAUAACUGUAUUUAAGCAGCAGUCACUCAGGUAGGAAUAGGAGAGGGAGAUUUGCAAAACAAGCUCCUGUUUUAAUUGGUCAGUCAGAUUUUUUUUUUUUGACCACAUAGAUUUCCAUUUCUUUCCAAAGCCUUUAUGGAGGAAGUUUGAGUUCUUUUCUUUGUUGAAUCCUAUCCGCUCACUAUCGUUGGGGGUGGUGGGAUGUCGGAAAAGCCCAACAACAAGAUGGUUAAGUUCCUGACUCCCCUUCCCAAGAGUGGUAAUGGUAACGGAAACAACGGGUCUGGCUCGGACUCGCUUGUUGGUGAACGGAUGGCAGCGGAGGUGAGGCGGCGCCACCACACCAUGGAGCGCGACCGUUGCGCCGCAGAACAUCGACCAUUCUUCCGUCGCAGCGUCAUCAGCGACUCCAACGCCACAGCCCUUGACCUCCCCUUACCCAGUAAAAUCCCUGUCCUUGCACCCCUGGUACCCCGCGUACGAGAUGUCGCGCCCCGGCAGUCUGGUGCACUCCCCACCCCAAGACCUGCACCCCGUGUGACUGUGAGGGAGGAGUUGGCUGAGUGCGAAGGUGGAGUCAAGGUGGAUGUGGUGUCUGUAGAGCAGAAGGCUGCUGUUCUACAGGAUAUCUGUGAUGGGGAACCAGUGGUGGCUCAGCAAGCAAACAGUCUAGCUGCCCAACCUCUGAGCCAAACAACAGAACCUGAACCUGAGAGUGAGGUGAAGGAGAGAGGAGAGGGUGAAGGAGAGGGUGAAGGRGAGGGGAGGGAAGCRGAUAAGGAAGAGAAGGAGAAAGCCCGGGUAGAGGCUGAACUGAGAGAGGCGGAGAAGAAGGUGCAAGAUGACAUUGAGGAAGCCGAGACGAAAGCGGUGGGAACGUCGCCGGAUGGGCGUUUCCUGAAGUUUGACAUUGAGAUUGGACGUGGUUCCUUCAAGACGGUCUACAAGGGCCUGGACACAGAGACCACAGUGGAGGUGGCAUGGUGUGAGCUGCAGGACCGUAAGCUGUCCAAGUCGGAGCGCCAGCGGUUCAAGGAGGAGGCGGGCAUGCUGAAGGGGCUGCAGCACCCCAACAUYGUCCGCUUCUACGACUCCUGGGAGGCCCCUGUUAAAGGCAGGAAGUGUAUUGUGCUGGUCACAGAGCUCAUGACCUCUGGAACACUCAAAACGUAUCUGAAGCGCUUCAAGGUCAUGAAGAUCAAAGUUCUGAGGAGCUGGUGUAGGCAGAUCCUGAAGGGCCUUCACUUCCUCCACACCAGGGCCCCGCCUAUCAUCCACAGGGACCUGAAGUGUGACAACAUUUUCAUUACGGGCCCCACAGGCUCYGUCAAGAUAGGAGACCUGGGAUUGGCCACACUCAAGAGGUCCUCUUUCGCCAAGAGUGUCAUAGGUACCCCUGAGUUCAUGGCGCCUGAGAUGUAUGAGGAGAAGUACGACGAGUCAGUGGAUGUGUAUGCCUUUGGGAUGUGCAUGCUGGAGAUGGCCACCUCAGAGUACCCAUACUCCGAGUGCCAGAACGCUGCACAGAUCUACCGCMGAGUCACCAGCGGGGUGAAGCCGGCCAGCUUCGACAAGGUGGCGAUCCCCGAGGUGAAGGAGAUCAUCGAGGGAUGCAUCCGACAAAACAAGGACGAGAGGUACUCGAUAAAGGACCUGCUGAACCAUGCCUUCUUCCAGGAGGAGACAGGGGUGCGUGUGGAGCUGGCCGAGGAGGACGACGGGGAAAUGGAGGCCAUCAAGCUUUGGCUGAGGAUAGAGGAUGUCAAGAAGCUGAAGGGGAAAUACAAGGACAACGAGGCCAUCGAGUUCUCCUUCGACCUCAGCAAGGACGUCCCUGAGGAUGUGGCCCAGGAGAUGGUGGAGUCUGGUUACGUGUGUGAAGGGGACCAUAAGACCAUGGCUAAGGCCAUCAAGGACAGAGUUUCCCUCAUCAGCAGGAAGCGAGAGCAGAGGCAACAGGUGAGAGAGGAACAGGAGAAGAGGAGGCUGGAGGAGGAGCAGGGCCAGCAACAACAACUACUGCAGCAGCAGCAGGGCCAACCUCAACCAGGGCUCCAGCCCGGCACAGAGGCCCCCCAACCAGCCCAGCCCGUCCCUCAGGCAGCCCCCCAGCCAGGCCAACAGGCUGCCCCCUACAUCCCCGCCCAGCCCAUGGCUCCCCAGCCCAUGGCCCCMUACAUCCCCCCUCAGACAGCACAGCUGGGGCCACAGGGGGUUCCCUAUAUACCCCAGUCUACAGGGCAGCUCCCAGUCCCAGUAUCGGUCCAGGUUCCAGUCCAGACAGAAUCAGAGAGGCCAGAGGUGGACCAGUACCCACAGCAGACUGAGACUGCCAAUCAAAUGACAGAUGGUGCUCAGGGUUCCUCAGUCCUUCAUGAGACGCACCCGGUUCAGCCGGUGAUGUCAUACACCUCUCUUCCCAGUCAGCAGCCUCAGCCACAGGCUCCUCCUCCUGUCCAAACAGACCCAUCACGUCAGCCGCAGCAGACCAUGGUGGUUCCUGCUGCCCAGCAUACCACUGUUGCACCUGGGACUCCAAGCUCCCAGCCUGCCCCUGGGGCCCCACAACAGUACGGAGGUUACUACCACCCACCGCUACCCCCUCAGGUGCCCCCCCAGCAGGUGACGUUGCCCCCCUCUCAGCCCAUCCCUYCUCUGCACCUCCAGCAGCCACAGCCAGAGGGCAGCGAUGCACCUCAGAGCUCAGCACUACCACCUCUCCAGCCUGGAGCCCAGCAAAUACAGGCCUCUGUGAUUGUAUCCCAGCCGGCGCCAGCCGAGCAGGCAGCAGGACCGACAACACUUGUCCCUCAGUCUGUGGAGAGUUGCCUGUCAGACGCAGCGUCAGGUCUGAGUGACGGCUAUGAAGGGGCGUCGGGUGGUAGACACGAGGGGCGCUCCAUGAUCAAGCGGCACCAGCGGCGCUCCGUACGCAGCCGCUCUCGGCAUGAUAAGACCGCCAAGGCCAAGCUCAACGUCCUCAAUAUCUCCAACCUGGGAGACCGGGUGGCAGAGUGCCAGCUGGAGACCCACAACAGGAAGAUGGUGACCUUUAAGUUUGACCUGGACGGAGAUAACCCAGAGGAGAUUGCACAGAUCAUGGUGCUGAGUGAGUUUAUCCUGGAGAGCGAACGUGAGUCGUUCAUCGAGCAGGUUCGUGAAGUCAUYGAAAUGGCGGACGAUAGAGAGGGCAUGAAGGAAGGCUACGCUCAACCACCCUUUACACAGAUUGUGGUAGAUGACCCCUCGCAGCAGCCUGACAUGCCCACUCAUCUGCCUGGUGUUCCUCCCAGCGUUGCAGCUCAGGUAGUCCACUCUGCAGGCCGGAGGUUCAUUGUCAGCCCUGUCCCAGAGUCCCGUCUGAGGGAGCAAUUCUUCGGCCCUCCAUCUGCUAACACCUCRUUUGGGGAUGAGCCCCCUCAAGGGAGUCUGGGCCUGUCCCUGUCUGCCCCCUCAGGCCACCUCCAGCAGGCCUUCACUGAGAUGAGGCAGCCGCAUGGGGAGAGACCAGCCACCAUGGGUCACCCAGCCGAGCCAGACACCAGCAUAGUCCCCUCCUCCUUGCGCCCAGCCUCCCCUCUCUCCCACCAUCACCAAACCUUGGCUCCCCCAGAGGCUACAGUCCCCACCAACACCAGCUUCUCCACCCUGCCUCCUGUCUCAGUCAUCCCCUCUGGGUCCUCCACUYUUCCCCCCUCCACAUGCCAAGUUGCCACCGGGAGGGUGUCUCCAACCCCAGUUCCAGCCCCUGCAUCUGCUACCACUGAUCCCACCCCACACCCCCAGCCUGGCUACCAAGCUGCCCCCUCUCAGCCUACCCCUGCCCAAAUCACAUCCCCUCCUCCAGCUGCUCCCCAGGCCACCCCGGCCCCUGUCCCCCCAGCUGCUACCCCCCAGCUGGGAAGCAGCUCUGCCCCUUUCCCCCCUGUCUCUGGAGCUCCACCCAGUAACUCUGGGACUGUGACCAGCUCAGAGCAGCACCCUGCAGCUGACCUUGUUCCUAUUCCGUCCUCUCAGCCUAUCCCUGAGUCCAUACCUGUCACUCAGCCCACCUCCUCCCAGUCCCAGCCUAUCCCUGCCUCUGUCCCUGUGGCACAGUCUGCAAUGGCUCCCACCCAACUUCCACCCUCUACCCUGCCCUCCCAACCGUCCCAGCCAGGGGACCCAGAUGGGGUAGAGUCCCAGUCCAAGGUCCCUGGUAUAGAUGACAUACAUGCCCUGGAUAAGAAGCUGCGCUCCCUCUUUAAGGACACAUCCUCUGCGGACACUGGCAACACUGAGACCUCCCCCUCCACAGGGACCAUCUCCCCUCCCCCCGGGGCGGCCCUGGUGCCCCCCUCCAACCUGUCUCUCACCGCCGGGGGACAGGGAGCUCAGGGCCCCACCGCGACCCCAGGACAGGGCCUCACACCAGGGGGACAUGCACAGACACCUCCAACCAAGCCUGGUCAAGCCACCAGUGCACAGGUGUAUCCUGUUGGCUCCGAGCAGGCAGGCACCCCUACCUCCGAGCAACUGCCUCCAUUCCCAGGACCAAACCAGUCCCAGCAGCCUGUGGGUUUUCUGGAUGGCCAGCUAAGGAGAGCUCUGAGCCCAGGGAGCAGUGAGGCAGCCUUGCCCUCCACAAGGGUCGUUAAACUGGGACGCUUCCAAGUCUCCGUUGCAGCAGACGCUAGCACCGGCAGCACUCCUGACCCCUCCAACAUUGCCUCCUCUUCCUCUCUCACCCCAUCCUCCUCAUCCUCCUCUUCCUCCUCCUCCUCUUCCUCCCUCUCCAGCCCGGAAAACACCCUCCACCGCUCCUCCYCCCUCCUUUCCAAAGGGGUCCGGAGAGGAGAUUCCGUAGAUGCGCUCUCUUCUGUCCCAACACAGCCCACCACCAUCGGACGCUUCCAGGUGUCUACUAGUGCCAGCACUGGCCCCAGCCCUAAUUCUGUCUCAAAGGUGGGCCGUUUUUCAGUGAUGCCAGCCGCAGUGAAUCCCACGGCACCUCCGGGGUCUAGCCCCUCCCAUCAGAACGGCCCUUCCUCUUCGACCUCUGACCUCCGUAGCUCCGCCCCCAGCGUGAACAGUGGUUCAUUUAACCAUUACAUGACCAGCGACAACGAGGACGACUCAGGGCCUGAGGACGAGGCCUUCCAGAGCGAAGUCAGCUGCCUCCGAGAGAAACAUAUGAUAGAGAUCCAAACCCUCCACUCACGGCAGAAGGAGGAAAUAGAUGCUCUGUUCACCAGGCUGGGUAAACCUCCUCCUUCAGCUGUCCUCUCCCCCGCWAUGGCCGGGGGCCGACGUAGGCCCAAGACCAAGGCCAGCAAAUCAGCCCGCAGCAGCGCCCAGGCCAGCCCCCAGCACUCGGGAGCCCCAGUCACAGGCCAGAUCCCCCCAGCGUCCCCACCUAAGCAGACGUCUCCCCCCACUGCAGCGGUCUCUGAGUCAGACAGCCGGACUUCCACCAUGGGAGUGAGUGGGACCAGUUCAGACAGUGGAGUGAACACCAGCCAGUCUCAGCCAUCAGGCCCUAACAUAGCGCCGGCCCUAACACAGAACCGAAAGGGCACGUUCACAGACGACCUGCACCAGCUUGUUGACAACUGGGCCCGAGAUGCCAUCAGCCUCUCCCAGGGCAAGAAAGGACCUAAGGGGACAGCCCAGGGACCCGGACAUGACAUCCCUCUACAUAUCCCUCCACAAGCAAACAUGAGCCGAAAGUUUUCUGCCCCCGGCCACCUGUGCCCCACCCUCCCGUCUACCACCCUGGCAGGUGCCCACCUCCCCAUUACCACUAACCCCUCCAACCCACUCUGCCAGCGUCAGGGCUCUCUAGGCCCCCCUCCCCAGGGAUUUGGCUAUGGCACAGCCCCCUAUAGCGCCCCCCAGUGGGCAGGACCCUGUCAGGUGGGUCUCCUGGCCCAGUACCAGGCCCCUUCCGCAGCCUCAGCUCCCCUUCAGCAGGCCUUCCACAUGGGAGCCACCCAGAAACCUGUUAGCAACCCUGGAGGUCCCAACCUGAGGCCCACAUAGCCCAGUCUGCAGCCCUGGACCUGGGUUAGUAAGGCUGGGCUGAUGGGAACUGAGGGCAGGGAGGAAGAGAGCCAUAGGAGGACAACUACUAUCUGACGUUCUGUUUCACUAAUUGGUGAGGUGAAAUAAAGAGGAUGCAGUGAAAAUGGAGGAGAGGAGGCUGUGGUUCAGUCCUGUCAGACAGAGAGCGAUGUCUGUCAGUUGGAGGGAGAGUGCAAUACAUACCCACAGCACACAAUCACACCUUCACCCUUACCAGGGCCCAGUCUUUUCUGCCAAUGGCUGUGGAAGCAGGCUGUGAUUGACAUUUGGGUUUGUCCAAUGAAAGCUAUGGACCCAAGGGCACAACUGGCAACGGCCAAAUACAUCUGUUGAAAGCACCAUUGUGAUCUCAUCAUUCCCUUAAACAGGAGGGUAGGGAGGGGGAACUCUUAAUCACUUCUUGACUGUAACUGGCCUUAAGCUUACCUAGGACAGAGUUAGCAGAUGGAGAGAACCCCCACAAACACAUACACAUGCGCCUCCUAGCACUACUGUCAUUGGCUGAGAUUGAGGCGUUGAAUGGUAUGAGAAACUGAUUAAUUGUGGGUAACAAGUUUGUAUAAUGAAAGGAGAGCAAGAUAUGUAGAGAAGCAAGGAGGUGGAAUGAGAGAAAGAUGGUGAAUGGAAGUUGGUUAGGUACGGUUAUAGUGGAUAGUGUUUGGCUAGUGUUACUCAUUUGAUCGCCAUGCAGUAAUAGCAAUGUGAGGAAAGGAGUGAGUCCCCUGUGUAAGAGUGGCCUUAAACCCCCAAACACAUACACAUUGUCUUUGUAUAUAGAGAUAUUUCUUGUCCUAAGUUAUGGUUAUAUCUGUCCCUCUGAGCUGGUCUGAUGUGAUGUUCUGCCUGACUGGGUGUGUUAGUUUCUUAUGAGACCAUCACCUAAUGUUAGUGUGAGCUAAGUAACAGACCUGUCUGUAGAUAGUUUAUUAAUACCUACUUCACCUGUCUUGUCCAGGCUUUGGAUUUACCCUGAAGUGACUGUAUCCAUGAGUGAUUUAGGUUUACGCCUUAGCGUCUGGUUAGGCUCAGUGGUUUGAGUUGUUGGCUUCAGCUACUGUGAUCAUUUGGUUUUCAACCUUAGCUACUGUGUCAGUCAGUUGUCUCACACCUCACCACCUGGUGUACUGUAGUCACUCUGGUAAGCAAGGCCAUGGUCCUUGGUACAGUUCUGUUAGAAAGGCAUUACAUUCUUGAGGCAUAGGGUUAUCUCGCGAGUGAACGGUGCAUGGUGUUCACACACAGACCUCUACRCAAUGUCAACAAAAAUGUAUUUAACCUUAUUUCCAAUUGUCAUCUUUCAGAAUCAUGACAAAUUGUCUGGGGUUUCUGUGGCUUGUUUUAUGUGUAUAUUUUAAAUAAAAAUACAAAAGAUGUUCUUUAUCGACCUGUUCAGCGAUCAGAUUUUGAUGUUUCACAGUAAUUAUUAAAGGUUGUUAAACAACAUGUAGUUAAAGGAAUAUAAAAGUGCAAUUGCAGGGUUAUUAUUAGUAUUAUAAUCUGUCACACAGGGGAGUAGUUAUGUGCUUCUUCUGCUCUUAUCAUACACCACCCUGUAACUUUAUCUUGUUUUACAGUGUGUGUGUGUAUAUAUAUAUACAUUUAUGUGUGUAUAUAUACAUAUGUGUAUACAUA